UUGAUCACUGAUGUGUCAGGUUCCGGAAACAACUGGGCAGUGGGAAACUUAUAUUACGGCCGAGUGCACCAAGAUGCGUUGUGUGAAGCUUUAAGGAAGUCUGCAGAACUUUGCGAUUUUCUCCAGUGCUUUUUUGUCCUCCAUUCAAUGGGUGGAGGUACUGGUUCUGGGGUCGGUACUCAUAUCUUGAAGAUUUUAGCUGAUGAAUAUCCUGAUGUAUACAAGAAAUGUGAAUGA